GCUACAUUCCACCACUGGACACCACAAUGGCCUGCGACUCUUCGUUGUUCGGCUGUAAUCGCGCGCUUCUGGUCACAGCUUCGGCCCCUCGCCUCUCCAAGCGCAGAGCGUCCUCCGGCCAAGCACUGGCAGGCCUCUGCUCGCGUCCGUCCCUGCCCCGAGAUUGUCGCUGGUAUAACCCUCUUGGCAUGAGAAAGAAAUGGUUCCGCCCCUCCGAGCCCAUACGCCAUUGGGUUGAAGCAGAGGGAUGCGCAUCUCUGCUUGAUUCCAAUGGAGUUGGAAUUAUGGUUGUAUCAUAUAAUAUCUUGGGAGAUCAUAAUGCUUGGAACCACCGUGACCUGUAUUGCAAAGUUUCUUUUGAUCUCUUGAAAUGGGAAUCAAGGAAAAGUCUCAUUUGCAAUGAAAUUUGUAAAUGGAAUGCUGAUUUAGUAUGUCUUCAGGAAGUAGAUAGAUUCUAUGAUAUCUUAAGUGUUAUGAAAAGAGAGGGAUAUGCUGGUAAGUACAAGAGACGUACAGGAGGGACUAGGGAUGGUUGUGCUGUUCUUUGGAAAGAGGAAAGGUUUCAACUAAUGGAGGCCGAGAACAUUGAAUUUGCUGAUUUUGGUCUUCGUGACAAUGUUGCGCAGUUAUUUGUUUUCGAGAUGUGUGAAGCUGAUUCUAGAAGGAUAGUCAUUGGGAACAUCCACGUGCUUUUUAAUCCAAAGCGUGGAGACGUCAAGUUGGGGCAGGUCAGGAUGCUGCUUGAAAAGGCAUAUGACCUUUCAGAGAAAUGGGGGAACAUUCCAAUUUUGGUCAUGGGUGAUUUUAAUUGUCAUCUCGACGUCACAUGCUAA